CCAUUCAGCUCCAAAAUGAGGAAGGAGAGAGUCGUGCUUGCAGAGCUGAAUGUGCCCAAGGGCUCAAAGCAGCAGCAAAAAAGACCCAGGGCCUCUGAAAGCUCCACUUCAGCAGCUGAAGAGGGAAUAACCCUCGUGAAAUUAAACCUUUCUAGUGCUUCCCGGGAAAAUCCAGGGAAUGGAAAAAGCAGACAUUGCAAAGACUCAACCUCCUCUCCAGAGAAGCUCAUUUCUGGGAUCCUGGGAAUCAUCUGUUUUGUCCUAUCCAUCAUGAUCGCGCUCACAGUUAGAAGUGCCAUUCCCUCUACUGAAACACAGGAACAGAACCAUUCUUCUCAUAUAAGAAGAACUCAGAAAGCAUAUCAUUGUCAUCUCUGUCCAAAGGAAUGGUUCAUAUAUUCCAACAAUUGCUAUUACUUUAGCACAGAAAAAAAAACUUGGAGUGAGAGUGUGACAGCCUGUGCUUCCAAGAACUCAAAUCUGCUUUAUAUUGACAGCAAGGAAGAAAUGGAAUUUCUAAAAUCGCACUCAUUUCAUGCAUGGAUCGGUGUCUCUCGUAGCAGCUCUAGAGACCCAUGGAUGACAACAAAUGGCUCAACUUUCAAACUACGUCAUUGGGCUGUGUUACCCUGUCUCUUUGAAGACCUUGCCGUUCUUGCUGAGAUUAGGCUAUUUGAAAAACUCCUACCUCCCCCCAUGCCUUGUGAACUUUGUACACGGAACGUCUUCACCAGUCAGGCAGCAAAUAUGGCCCCCGAGGCAGCAGGCGUGGCUCAAGCCCCUGAUUUCCUGCCACCCACCUGA